AUGCCAGAGACGAAUUCCCAACCGCCCUCCAGGCCGCAAUCGGUCCAUUCGUCGCAUCACUCUGCAACCCACGAUCACAACAACGAGAACACUCCCUUACUAUCCUCAAACAACGACCACAACGUUGAAGCACAAGAACAAGCCGAAUCAUCAUCCGGGUCAUCCCACUCGCCCGCCGUCGCACGAUUGCUACGCCUCUUCCAACCCCAGUCUAAGAGCCCACCAAGAUGGUCCAGUCUAUUGGCCUUGUUCCUUCUCUGCAUUAUUGCUGUCCUCAUAAUGGUACUGGGUUUCCUAGCACCGUCCAAGGUUCAAGAGUAUGCUGUUCAAGCCGCCCAUUUUGAGCCCACGAGUUUGUCCAUACACUCUUUCACUACCACAGGCGUCACAGCCAGGAUACAGGGUGACUUCUCCAUGCGUGCCGAUAACGUCAAGGACGAUUCCGUUCGCCGCUUCGGUCGUUUUGGUACCUGGAUUGCCAGAAAGGUUGAGACUGGCCAGUCGUCCGUCCAAGUCACUCUACCGGACUACAAGGAUGCGCUUCUUGGAACCGCAGAAAUACCCUCUAUUGUAGCUGACAUUCGCAAUGGUCAUACCACACACAUUGACUUCCUGACCGAGCUGGCUCCUGGUAACACGGAUGCUAUUAGACAUCUGGCUAAAGAUUAUAUUGAUGGAAAGCUGCAAGAGUUGCGUGUUUCCGCCGAAGCUUCAGUUCCUGUCAAAUCAGGCCUCAUAAAUCUUGGAAGGCAGACUAUCUCCCGUGCCAUGGCUUUUGGGAACGACAACAUCCCUACUUUACCAGAGUACAAGAUCCAUAAGCUCAACUUUCGUGAAGUUCAACUACCCGACCUACAGCGUGCUAUGGUAGCAGACGUUUCUGUCGAACUCGGCAACGACUAUCCCCUGGACUUUACGAUUCCCCCUCUCGGCUUCGCCAUCCUUGUUGAUAACUGUCAUCCUUCGCAACCUCUUAUUCAAUUGGCCGAUGCUACCACACCAAGCCUUUCUGUCAAGCCGAAGGAGAACCUUAAUGUCAGCGUCUCUGGAUUCGUUCGACGUCUGCCCCAGGCCUUUACUCAAGCUUGCCCUGGAUCUCAUGAGUCGCCGCUGGACAUACUUCUUGGCGGCUAUAUUCAUGGAAACAAUACCACUGUAUACGUACGAGGAUCGGACUCGCCCUCGUUAGACACUCCCCGAUGGAUCACUGAUCUCAUGUCCGACGUAACCGUGCCGGUCCCCUUCCCCGGCCACACUUUCGGACACCUCAUCAGAAACUUCACCCUGGCCGAUGUACACUUCGGAUUGCCUGAUCCUUUUGCCGAGCCAGACAGCCCCGAGUCGAACCCCAGAAUUUCUGCCAACAUCAAGGCGCUGGUCGCUCUACCCGAGGAAAUGAACUUUAACAUCAGCGUCGGCCGCGUUAGAGCAGAUGCAGAUGUGUUUUACCACGGCUCCAAGCUUGGGUACCUUGAUUUGAAUAAAUGGCAGAAAGCAAACUCAAGUCGAAUCGAUUCGGACAACAAGGAUGAGGGCCCGCUUCUGGCCGUACAAUCAGCAAUCGAAAAAGCUCCUUUGAUUGUGACGGACGACGAUGUAUUCACCGAUGUCUUGAACGCCCUCCUCUUUGGCGGCAAGGGAGUUGAGUUGGGCAUCAAGGCGGAGGUUGAUGUCGAGAUGGAGACAGCGCUUGGUCAAUUGGCUGUCAGGAAGAUUCCGGCUGAAGGCUCCGUGCCUGUCAAACGUUCCUCAAAGAAUCAUGUAGCUAAUGUGCGGCCCCUUGUAGCCAUCAAGCGAGGCGGCGUUGGCUCAUUCACGCCCAAGAUCGGCAAUCUACAAAUUAUCGAUACUGGCAAGACUUCCCUGACACUCACCGCAUCGGUCAACUUCACCAACCCCACAGAGUACAGCGCUACUGUACCGUUUGUCGACAUCCACAUUCUGACAAAUGGAACAUUGCUUGGACACGCUACCGCCAAAGAUAUAAAGGUCGUCCCUGGCGUCAACACGAAUAUUCUUGUCACUGCCGUCUGGGAUCCGCAGACAAUGGGAGGCGAGGAAGGUCAUCACGUUGGUGUCGAGUUUUUGUCUCAAUACAUCUCUGGCUACAACACAACGUUGACGUUACGAGCACACGAGGGUACCAUACCAGCGCAGCCUUCGCUCGGCCGAGCGUUAUCGAAGUUCGCUGUUGACUUGGCGACGCCGAACUUGCGAGGUGGAGGUGAAGAGGGCGAGAAGCACUUCAUACAGGAUGCGACAAUGCAUCUCAUCACAAGCACAGCGAAUUUUGUGCUGCUGUCACCAUUGAAGACAUCGACAAUCUAUGUCACGUAUAUCAAUGCGACAGCUUUCUAUCAUGAAGAUGCGGUCGGACAUAUUGUCUAUGAUCUACCAUUCGCGGUGCCCCCAGGGUCGUCUACGUCGCCGCGCUUACCGAUAAACUAUGGUUCUGUCGGGUCGGACGUGGUCAGAGGAGCAUUAGGCGGGACGCUCAAAAUGAAAGCAAAGGCUACGGUCGGGGUCCGAUUGGGCAAAUGGGAAGAACGGAUAUGGUAUGAGGGACAGGGAAUUGGAGCCAAGAUCAGAUUGUAGUUCGCCGAGGAUGUUUUUGAACUUAGGGCUCGUUCGGUUCGCAAAGUCCUCGAUAUCGAAGUAGCUUUGUCGUAUGCUGGUAACCAACUCAAGCGUCCGCUCUCUCGAAAACGGCUAGAUUUGGCGCAGGCGUUCGGUUCGUACUGUUAUUAUACACUCAAACACACCAAAUUCUAUGGUCUUGGCCUGUUAUCGAG